AUGUUGCGGACAGCUGUGCGAGGCUUCGCGACUUCUGCGCGGCGGAGCGCACAGAACAUUGGCUCGGUAGAAGCUCAGCAGACGGCCAUCAACAUCUCCAAAGCUCAGGGCAUUGGCCAGCGGGGCUUCCUCGACGCAAUUGGCAAGACGCCUCUGAUCCGUCUGAAGAGACUAUCCGAGGAAACCGGCUGCAAUGUUCUUGGAAAAGCAGAGUUCCAGAACCCAGGCGGCUCUGUAAAGGACCGCGCUGCCCUCUUCGUCGUGGAGAAUGCCGAGCGCCAGGGUCUCCUCAAGCCCGGCGGCACCGUCAUUGAAGGAACAGCCGGCAACACUGGCAUUGGUCUUGCGCAUGUGUGCCGCUCAAAGGGGUACCGUCUGGUCAUCUAUAUGCCCAAUACCCAGUCGCAGGGCAAGAUUGAUCUUUUGAGGCUGUUGGGAGCCGAGGUGUACCCAGUGCCGGCCGUGCCAUUCGAAAACCCAGAAAACUACAACCACCAGGCAAAGCGCCACGCCGAAAGGCUGGAAAACGCCGUGUGGACAAACCAGUUUGACAAUGUGGCGAACCGACAGGCGCAUAUCGAGACUACCGGCCCAGAAAUCUGGGCCCAGACAGGAGGCAAGCUGGAUGCUUUCACUUGCGCCACAGGCACCGGAGGUAGUCUGGCGGGUGUGACGAGAUAUCUCAAGGAGAAGAGCGAAGGAAGGGUCAAGUGCUUUUUGGCGGACCCGCCGGGAUCAGUGCUGCAUUCUUACAUCCAAAGUGGCGGCAAGCUCACAGAGAGAGCUGGUGGUUCCAUAACAGAGGGUAUCGGGCAAGGCCGUGUGACAGACAACUUGAAGCCGGACAUUGACCUUAUUGACGACUCCGUCCAUAUCAGCGACGAGAAGACCAUCGAAAUGGUAUACAGGUGUCUGGAUGAGGAGGGACUCUACCUGGGCGCAAGCUCAUGCCUGAACGUUGUCGCGGCAAAGGAAGUGGCUGAGAAGAUGGGCAAGGGAUCAACCGUCGUGACACUGCUGUGUGAUGGUGCGUACCGGUAUGCCGACCGUCUGUUCUCCAAGAAGUGGCUGGAGCAGAAGAACUUGUACGAUGCGAUACCCGAACACCUACGCAGGUACAUUGUACUGGAGUAG